AGCUGGUUUAUUUUAUUUUUUAACAUCUCUUGUAUGUGAUGGUCAUAAAAAAACAGCUGAAGUUAGGUUAACUUGACAGCCUUAAACCACUUCCGGGUAACAUUUACCUGCUUGACGUCAUUCCCAACAUAAACAGUGUUAAGUAACGAGUUCAGCUACUACUGACUUUGUAAUUACCGACGUUAAAAUGAUAAAGAAAAUGGGAGACUGUGGGGAUUUAUGACCUUAAUUCCAUCAAACUCCGUUCCUUGCUUUAAGCCUUGCUCUGCCUCCAUCAUGUCGUCACGGGUGUUGCUGCGGCAGCAGCUAAUGAGGGAACAAGCUCAGGAGCAGGAGAGGCGAGAGGCCCAGCAGCAGGCCUCUGUCUCUCAGCUCCGAGCCUCUGAUUCCACUCCAGCCAUCUCCGUCAGCCUGGCCACAAACGGGGCCCGCCCUCCUCCUGCUCAGGUGCCUGUGGAGGUGCUGAAAGUGCAGACCCACUUGGAGAACCCCACCAAGUACCACAUCCAGCAGGCCCAGAGGCAGCAGGUGAAGCAGUACCUGUCUACCACUUUGGGCAACAAGGCGGUGACUCAGACCCUCGGCGUGUCGCCGGUCCCACAGUCCAGUUCGGCCCCUGAGGUCGGCCCUUCUGCCAGCAGUGCCCCUAACAGUCCCAUGGCUCUGCUCAACAUCGGAUCCAACAAGGAGGAAAUCGACGAUGUGAUCGACGACAUUAUUAGUCUUGAAUCCAGUCUGAACGAUGACAUCAUUACGCUGAUCGACUCAGGCCUGCAGCUGCCCAGCACGCUCCCUGGAAAUCUGCUGGAUGUUUACCACAGCCCUGGGAUGGCGGUCCCUACUCUGGCAGUCAGCAACUCCUGCCCUGCUGACCUUCCUAAAAUUAAAAGGGAACUUUCUGGUAAAGAGGCAACUUCGCUGGAUUUGAUUUGCACUGAAAGAGCGUGUGAGUGCGAUUGGUCGUGGCGUCACGUGUUUUCUGUUUCAGAUGCAGAUGCGAAAGCGCUGUUGAAGGAAAGGCAGAAGAAAGACAACCAUAACCUCAUUGAAAGAAGGAGAAGAUUCAACAUCAAUGAUCGCAUAAAGGAGCUGGGUACUCUGAUACCCAAGUCAAGUGACCCUGAGAUGCGCUGGAAUAAAGGCACCAUUCUGAAAGCUUCAGUGGAUUACAUCAGGAAGCUGCAGAAGGAACAGCAGAGAUCCAAGGAUGUAGAAGUGAGACAGAAAAAGCUGGAACAAGCCAACCACAUUCUGAUGUUACGCAUUCAGGAGCUGGAGAUGCAGGCGCGGCUCCACGGACUCCCAGCCUCGGCCGGCGUCUCCUCCGGUUUGGGUUCUGAUCCUUCCCUGCUGCAGCAGCAGGCCGCUCAGCAGAGCAGCCAGCCAGUAGCAGGAGCCUCCACCCAGAACCUCGUGGGCCUGGGAGCCAUCAGACAGCCUCUUCCGACCUCUUUUCUGUCUCCUCCCUCCUCGGACUCCCCUGCAGGAGUCACCAUCAGCAGCCCGCUGGACCUCGGCAGUCUGAGCUUUGCUGAGCUCGAUGACCCGUCCGCCUCGGCGCUGUACCCCGACGUCGGUCUGGGAGACAUUCUAAUGGACGACGGGUUGGCCCUGUCUCCAGACCGGGUAGCCGAGCCGCUGUUUUCUCCUCUGUCACCAGGUGCCUCAAAAACCAGCAGCCGCAGGAGCAGCUUCGACAUGGACGAGGACUUGUGAUGAGUCCUGUUUGGUCAAAGAGCGUCUGUAGGGACACGAAUGUCGGCAUCCUUCCUAACGAGUCUUGUCGGGGACUGAACCUGAGCUGUCGUAGAAACCAUACUAACUCCAGAGGUGGAAUCAGAACUACUUUGCCAUACACACGUAUUUACCAUAGUUCCUGCUUGGAACAGGUCACAUGAUCACGUCUGAGUUUAUAGAGGCAAUCUUAAUAACAUGGAUUAUUGUAUAAUAGGCAUGGACCUAGCAUUAAGAAAUGAAACGUUCUUUAAUAGAGAUUUUAAGGUUUAUUCAGAGAUAUAAGAGGGAUGUCUUUAUUUUGACUUGGAGAUCUAAUAUACAUUUAUUAUGUGUGAUGAGAAAAGCUGUGAGGUUUGUUUCCGUGACCACGUUGGCAUUACAAACACACUAAGAGACGCCAAAUGUUUGCUUUUCCUUUAUCUGGCUGGAAUCAGGGUUUGUCAGGAUCAGUCGCUCUCCUCACCAGCAGCUACUGAAGGGAUCCUUGUUAAGUGAAUUGGCACAUUGUGAGAUAUUUACUGCAUAUUGUAUAUAAGAGUAUUUUAUUUAGAGCAGUUUUAUUGCACCUUACUUUACGGCAGUCUAUGCAUUUUAUGAAAGCUUUGUGUCUGUUUUUAGCAGCGCUCCAGCGAGCGGACAGAGGCCACCCAGGCUGCACCAUCAUGGAUGCUAGCAGCGAUGCUGCUGCAGCUAGUUAGCCAAAGCAGGAUUUCUUCCAGAGUAGCUACAGAUCACAAAUCAACAUUUUACCUUUCAACACAUCGUCAGCGAGUAGAAAGGCAGCGGUAUGUGUACACUUCACAACAGUACUGUAGUUCAUCUUUUUUAUACCUGAUAGUUUGAUAAGUGGUUUUUCAUGGCUAAUUUCUGUGUUGUCACUGGUUUUUGUCUUUAUUAACAUUUGUGGUCACAGAUUGUUUUUCUACCGAGUUGUGUUUGUGUUGUUUUGGACGAUCACCUGCUAUUUCUGAAACGCAUUAUUGCUUAUUUUGGUGUGAAUUUGAGAGGGUUUGACUCUCUUUAAAAACCACUAGUCUCACCUCUUAAGUAAAGUAACAUGAGUAAUGUGUGACUGACUGUCAGGUUGAACAGGCACAAAGUAAGAAUCUAGUUAGUCAGAUGCUCGGUGCAAUCAUGAAUGUGUGUACAAAUCCUCUCUGAUGUAGUGUUUCUCUCCGAGGGGCAGUCACAGCAGCCAGAAACCUCGUGUUUAGGGUCUUAAAGCAGCCCGGGCUCUUCAGGCAGCAGAACUCGGAGCUGCUCAACUCCGUGGCACACCGAGUCGCGCCGAGUCAUGAUGUGUCUAGUGCUCAUGAUCCUGCUCAUAUGCAACUUUUACUAAAUGAUCUCCCAAGUGUCAAAAGCAGACAUAUAUUUGAGUUUUAACAUUGACUGUUAACCAUGAACAUAUGUGUCUUGUCCCUGUAAGUAGGCUUUCAGAAGAUUUUAACAAAUAAAUGAUUCUUUUCUC